GUGGUUUGUGAAAACUGGCAGCCUCCCUCUGUGUUCGAAUGCUGGGAACACAAGCCAUAUCUAAUUCCUAAGCAAAAUAAGAGGAAGCUGAACAAGAAUCAGAUUCGAUCGAGUGAAACCAGUUGUAAACAUCAAAGAGGUGAUCCUAGUCGUACUGGAAAAGAGAUUGAAUCGGCUGAAGUGUUUAUUGAGUCAAGUGAUACUUCUGAGGAGCAAAACUUUCACAAAACCGACGAAGAAAUAUCUGAGCUAAAAGCUGAAGUUGUAACACUAAGGGAGCAGGUAAAAACAGCUAACAACAAGAUCAAACAGCUUGAGGAAACAUUAAGUGGAAUGGAAUUCUGUAUUGAGAAUAUUGAAGACAAAGAUAUUUGUUUUUAUACUGGAUUUCCUAAUCGUGAAGUCUACAAUGCCGUGUUAACUUAUCUUAACCCAGGUCCCAAUGGUGAAAAUUUAGUGUACACUCGAACUGAUUCAAGACCUGACAUAGAGUCUACACCCCUGCAAAAACUUGGACGGCCCAGAAAACUAUCUCCUUCCAAUCAGUUCUUUUUAUUCCUUUGUAGGGUUAGGGUUGGGCCCUUUGAAUGUGAUCUUGCAUUUAGGUUUAACAUUUCUAUUGGGACUGUAAGUAACAUUGUUAUUUCUUGGGUUAACUUUCUAUAUCUAAGACUUGGAUAAUUAAGCAUCUGGCCAAGUAAAGAAACAAUAUUAGCAACAAUGCCAGAUUCAUUUAAAGCAAAAUACAAAGACACUAGGGUCAUCAUUGACUGUACCGAAAUAAAAGUGGAAAUGCCUAGUUCGCCGGUCCUAAAAUCUCGAACGUACUCAAACUACAAAAGUGCCAAUACAUUAAAAGGGCUAGUUGGCAUUUCUCCAAGUGGAUGCAUAACAUUUAUAUCUCAGCUGUACACUGGCUCAAUAUCAGACAGGGAAAUUACUGAACGCUGUGGUAUUCUUAAAAUGCCAUUUCAAGCAGGCGACAGUUUAAUGGCAGAUAAAGGAUUCGACAUCCAGGACUUUCUAGAUCCAAUCAGUGUCAAGUUAAAUAUGCCUCCUUUUUUGCACAUGCAAGACCAAAUGCCUGCUCAAGAUGUUCUAGAGACACAGCAAAUAGCUGCCGAGAGAAUACAUGUUGAAAGGGCCAUUAAUAAAAUUAAAAACUUUCAUCUAUUUGAUCAAGUUAUUCCAUUGUCUCUGGCUGGCUCUAUCAACCAGUUAUGGACUGCAUGUGGAUUGCUGACUCUUUUUCAAAAACCGAUCAUUUCAUGA